GUAAUAAGCUCAAUGAGCUCACUUUCAGAAUAUUGCCUACCCUCUAUCCUGCGCACUUUGUUUGAUUGGUAUAAAAGACAGAAUGGCAUAGAAGAUGAAUCUCAUGAGUACAGACCAAGAACAAGCACUAAAUCCAAAAGUGAUGAACAGCAGAGGGACUAUUUAAUGGAAAGAAGAGAUCUGGCUAUUGAUUUUAUUUUUUCUUUAGUAUUAAUAGAAGUUUUGAAACAGAUUCCACUUCAUCCUGUAAUAGACAGUUUGGUACAUGAUGUUAUUAACUUGGCUUUCAAGCACUUUAAGUACAAAGAAGGGUACCUUGGUCCUAACACUGGAAAUAUGCACAUUGUUGCGGAUUUGUAUGCAGAAGUAAUAGGUGUUUUAGCUCAAGCAAAGUUUCCUGCUGUAAAGAAGAAAUUCAUGGCAGAGUUAAAAGAGUUACGGCAUAAAGAACAAAGCCCAUAUGUAGUUCAAAGCAUUAUCAGUCUUAUAAUGGGAAUGAAAUUCUUUCGCAUUAAGAUGUAUCCUGUGGAGGACUUUGAAGCUUCUCUUCAGUUUAUGCAGGAAUGUGCACAUUAUUUCCUUGAAGUUAAAGACAAAGAUAUCAAGCAUGCACUGGCAGGACUGUUUGUUGAAAUUCUUGUCCCCGUAGCUGCUGCUGUUAAAAAUGAAGUGAAUGUCCCCUGUCUGAGGAACUUUGUUGAAAGCCUGUAUGAUACAACACUUGAACUUUCCUCACGAAAGAAGCACUCGUUGGCUUUGUACCCUUUGGUAACAUGCCUGCUUUGUGUCAGUCAGAAGCAGUUCUUUUUAAACAGAUGGCAUAUUUUCCUCAACAACUGCCUAUCCAAUCUCAAGGCUGAGUCAAACAGCUUGGUUAGGAGGCUUCUACAAACAGCACAGAAUAAGGACCCAAAAAUGGCUCGAGUUGCACUGGAAUCUCUGUACAGACUACUGUGGGUUUACAUGAUCAGAAUUAAAUGUGAAAGCAACACAGCUACCCAAAGUCGACUUAUUACUAUUGUCACAACACUUUUCCCAAAAGGGUCCCGUGGUGUUGUGCCAAGAGAUAUGCCUCUAAACAUCUUUGUGAAGAUAAUACAGUUUAUUGCACAGGAACGUUUAGAUUUUGCAAUGAAAGAAAUUAUCUUUGACUUCCUUUGUGUCGGGAAACCAGCAAAAGCUUUCAGUCUCAACCCUGAGAGAAUGAAUAUUGGUCUGAGAGCUUUCUUGGUAAUUGCUGAUAGCUUGCAGCAAAAAGAUGGUGAACCUCCAAUGCCGGUGACCGGAGCUGUCCUUCCCUCUGGAAACACUCUCAGAGUGAAGAAAACAUAUUUGAGCAAAACUCUUACGGAGGAGGAAGCUAAAAUGAUAGGUAUGUCAUUAUAUUAUUCUCAAGUAAGAAAAGCUGUGGACAACAUACUCAGACACCUUGACAAGGAAGUGGGUCGGUGCAUGAUGCUAACCAACAUCCAGAUGCUUAACAAGGAACCUGAAGACAUGAUUACUGGUGAAAGAAAACCAAAAAUUGAUCUGUUCAGAACAUGCGUUGCUGCUAUUCCUCGAUUGCUUCCUGAUGGAAUGUCAAAACUUGAGUUGAUCGACUUGCUGGCAAGGCUGUCUAUCCAUAUGGAUGAUGAACUUCGACACAUUGCACAGAAUUCUCUUCAGGGUCUACUUGUUGACUUUGUUGACUGGCGGGAGGAUGUACUCUUUGGUUUUACUAAUUUUCUGCUACGUGAAGUGAAUGAUAUGCAUCAUACCCUUCUUGAUACUUCACUGAAAUUGCUGCUACAGUUGCUUACACAAUGGAAGCUUGUAAUACACACUCCAGGAAAAGCUUCUGAGCAGUUGAUACCAAAUGGAUCCAGCCACAGGAUACAGUCUGAAAGAAGCCCCUAUUCUAAUGUACUACACGCAGUCGAAGGAUUUGCACUGGUUCUGCUGUGUAGUUUCCAGGUCGCUACGCGUAAGCUAGCUGUUUUAAUCCUCAGAGAGAUCCGUGCUUUAUUCCUGGCCCUUGGCCAGACAGAGGAUGAUGACAGGCCUAUGAUUGAUGUCAUGGAUCAAUUGAGUUCUUCUAUUCUUGAAAGUUUUAUUCAUGUGGCUGUUUCGGAUUCAACAACAAUUCCAUUAACACACAGUGUGGAUUUGCAGUGGCUGGUGGAGUGGAAUGCUGUCCUAGUAAAUAGCCAUUAUGAUGUGAAAAGUCCUUCCCAUGUCUGGAUAUUUGCACAGUCCGUUAAAGACCCAUGGGUUCUCUGCCUCUUCAGUUUUCUUAGGCAGGAGAAUUUACCAAAACAUUGUCCUACAGCUCUCAGCUAUGCUUGGCCAUACGCUUUCACGAGGCUACAGCUGAUAAUGCCUCUUGUGGAUCCAAAUAUUCCUGUUAAUGCAAAGAAAACAAGUACAGCAAGCAGUGGAGACAACUAUGUUACUUUGUGGAGAAACUAUCUUAUUCUCUGUUUUGGAGUAGCAAAGCCCAGUAUUAUGAGCCCAGGACACCUGCGUGCUUCAACACCAGAGAUCAUGGCUACCACUCCUGAUGGAACAGUGAACUAUGAUAAUAAGGCUAUUGGAACUCCAUCUGUUGGAGUCUUACUAAAGCAGCUAGUGCCUUUGAUGAGACUUGAAAGCAUAGAAAUAACAGAAUCACUUGUAUUAGGAUUUGGAAGAACAAAUUCACUUGUUUUCAGAGAAUUAGUAGAAGAACUUCACCCACUAAUGAAAGAAGCCCUGGAAAGAAGACCAGAGAACAAGAAACGUCGAGAACGCCGAGAUCUACUAAGACUGCAGUUACUGCGAAUUUUUGAACUACUUGCCGAUGCUGGUGUUAUAAGUGACAGUACAAAUGGAGCCUUGGAGAGAGAUACGUUAGCCCUUGGAGCCUUGUUCUUAGAGUAUGUUGAUCUGACUCGUAUGCUUCUGGAGGCUGAAAAUGAUAAAGAAGUCGAAAUCCUUAAGGAUAUGAGAGCACAUUUCAGUGCAAUGAUUGCCAACUUGAUUCAGUGUGUUCCAGUUCACCACAGGAGAUUUCUCUUCCCUCAGCAGAGCUUGAGGCAUCACCUGUUCAUCUUAUUCAGCCAGUGGGCAGGACCUUUCAGUAUUAUGUUCACACCCCUGGACCGUUACAGUGAUAGGAAUCAUCAGAUUACAAGAUACCAGUAUUGUGCAUUAAAGGCCAUGUCAGCUGUGCUCUGCUGUGGACCUGUAUUUGAUAACGUUGGUCUUUCCCCUGACGGAUAUCUUUACAAAUGGCUUGAUAACAUUCUGGCUUGUCAAGAUUUACGUGUCCAUCAGCUUGGCUGUGAAGUUGUAGUCCUGUUGCUAGAACUGAAUCCCGAUCAAGUCAAUCUCUUCAACUGGGCUAUAGAUCGAUGUUAUACUGGAUCAUACCAGCUUGCCUCUGGAUGUUUCAAAGCCAUUGCAACUGUGUGUGGAAGCAGGAACUAUCCUUUUGAUAUAGUGACGCUUUUAAACUUGGUGCUGUUCAAGGCAUCUGACACCAACAGAGAGAUCUAUGAGAUUUCCAUGCAACUUAUGCAGAUCCUUGAAUCAAAGCUUUUUGUUUAUUCAAAAAAGGUAGCUGAACAAAGACCAGGCAGUAUCUUGUACGGUACACAUGGUCCAUUGCCACCUCUUUACAGUGUCUCACUUGCCCUUCUUUCAUAUGAACUAGCAAGGAUGUAUCCUGAACUUACCCUUCCACUUUUUUCAGAGGUAAGCCAGCGAUUUCCAACAACACAUCCAAAUGGAAGACAGAUCAUGCUUACCUAUCUGCUACCAUGGCUUCAUAAUAUUGAACUUGUAGACAACAGACUGCUCCUCCCUGGUUCAAGCCCUACCACUCCAGAAGAUGAACUGAAGGACAAGGAUGGGGAAAUAGCCGUCACAAGUGGACUAAAAGGCAAUGGCUGGGGCUCUCCUGAGGCCACCUCACUGGUUCUUAAUAAUCUCAUGUAUAUGACAGCCAAGUAUGGAGAUGAAAUUCCCGGACCAGAGAUGGAAAAUGUCUGGAAUGCUUUGGCCAACAAUGAAAAAUGGAGUAACAACCUUAGGAUAACACUGCAGUUUCUCAUUAGUUUGUGUGGUGUUAGCAGUGAUACCAUCCUUUUACCUUAUAUAAAAAAGGUUGCAAUAUAUUUAUGUCGCAAUAACACUAUUCAGACAAUGGAAGAGCUUCUUUUUGAGCUGCAGCAAACUGACCCAGUGAAUCCAAUAGUCCAGCAUUGCGAUAAUCCUCCGUUUUACCGUUUUGCUGCCAGUAACAAAGCCUCGGCUGCAGCUUCUGGAACGACCUCAAGCAGUAACACUGUUGUAGCUGGCCAAGAUAGUUUUCCUGAUGUAGAGGAGAACAGAAUGGUGAAAGAAACUGAUGAAAGGCUCAGUAAUGUAAUCAGAGCACAUACCCGACUAGAAUCGAGGUACAGUAAUAGCUCCGGAGGAUCUUACGAUGAUGACAAAAAUGAUCCCGUUUCUCCAUAUACAAGCUGGUUACUGAAUAUCGUUGAAACCAAACAACCACAUCCCCUGCCCAUGCCUUACAAUGGAGGAUGUUGGGCACCACUUGUGGACUACCUCCCCGAAACCAUCACACCCCGAGGACCCCUUCAUAGGUGCAAUAUUGCUGUCAUCUUCAUGACUGAGAUGGUAGUGGAUCACAGUGUGAGAGAAGAUUGGGCUCUUCACCUGCCUUUAUUGCUACAUGCUCUCUUUUUAGGUCUUGACCAUUACCGCCCUGAGGUCUUUGAACACAGUAAAAAGUUACUGCUUCACCUUUUGAUCGCAUUAUCUUGCAAUAGCAACUAUCAGGCCAUUGCAUCAGUGCUUCUUCAGACCAGAGAGAUGAAUGAGAUCAAGACGCUGACAGUACAGCCAGCAUACUUACCUGAAUAUCUUUAUACAGGUGGCUUUGACUUUCUGCGGGAAUACCAGUCGUCUCCGAUGCCAGACUCCGGCUUGAGCUCCAGCUCCACCUCCUCCAGUAUCAGUCUGGGAGGCAGCAGUGGAAAUCUCCCACAGAUUACACAAGAGGUUGAGGACAUGGACACCGCUGCUGAAACAGAUGAGAAAGCAAACAAAUUAAUUGAGUUUCUGACAACCAGGGCGUUUGGUCCACUUUGGUGCCAUGAAGAUAUCACACCCAAAAAUCAGAACACCAAGAGUGCUGAGCAGCUUACUAAUUUUCUGCGUCAUGUUGUAUCUGUAUUUAAAGAUUCCAAGUCAGGUUUUCAUUUGGAGCAGCACCUGAGUGAAGUUGCUUUACAAACAGCUCUUUCAAGCUCUUCAAGACAUUACGCGGGUCGCUCUUUCCAGAUAUUCAGGGCCCUAAAGCAGCCCCUUUCUGCACAUGCGUUGUCUGACCUCCUGUCAAGAUUGGUGGAAGUUAUUGGAGAGCAUGGAGAUGAGAUUCAGGGGUAUGUAAUGGAGGCACUACUUACUUUGGAAGCUGCUGUGGAUAAUCUGUCUGACUGUUUGAAGAACAGUGAUCUUUUGACGGUGUUAUCACGCUCAUCUUCGCCAGAUUUAACAUCAAGCACCAAACUGACGGCAAACCGGAAGAGCACAGGACAGCUGAACGUCAACCCUGCAAGUGGUAACACGGCCACCGCUGAACGAAGCAGGCACCAGAGGAGCUUCUCUGUACCCAAAAAGUUUGGAGAUGUGGACAAGUCCUCGGACCCACCACGCAGUGCCACACUAGACAGAAUUCAGGCAUGCACCCAACAAGGCCUGUCCUCCAAAACAAGAAGUUCAUCUUCUCUAAAGGACAGUCUCACUGACCCAUCCCAUAUUAACAAUCCAACCAACCUACUGGCCACCAUCUUCUGGGUUGCUGUGGCUUUGAUGGAAUCAGAUUUUGAGUUCGAGUAUCUAAUGGCAUUACGGUUACUGAAUAAACUUCUGGCUCAUUUGCCACUAGAUAAAGCUGAAAACCGGGAGAAGUUGGAGAAGUUGCAAGGGCAGCUGAAGUGGGCAGACUUCUCAGGGCUUCAGCAGCUACUCCUGAAAGGAUUCACCUCCCUUACUACCACUGACCUCACACUGCAGCUCUUUAGUUUGCUGACACCAGUGUCUCGAAUAUCCAUGGUGGAUUCCUCUCAAGCUAUAGGAUUUCCACUGAAUGUUUUGUGUCUCCUGCCCCAUUUAAUUCAGCAUUUUGACAGCCCAAACCAGUUUUGUAAAGAUAUAGCCGAAAGGAUUGCUCAGGUUUGUUUGGAGGAGAAGAACCCCAAACUCUCAAAUCUUGCGCAUGUCAUGACCCUUUAUAAAACACACAGCUAUACAAGGGACUGUGCUACCUGGGUAAAUGUGGUUUGCCGUUACCUUCAUGAAGCAUUUGCUGAUAUUACUUUGAGUAUGGUUACGUAUUUGGCUGAGCUACUAGAAAAGGGCCUUCCUAGUAUGCAACAGUCCCUCUUACAGAUGAUCUACAGUCUUCUUAGUUAUAUGGAUCUGUCAGCUAUUCCUGUGAAACAAUUUAACAUGGAAGUGUUAAAAACCAUUGAAAAAUAUGUACAGAGCAUUCACUGGAGAGAAGCCUUGAAUAUCCUGAAGUUGGUAGUUUCUCGUUCUGCCAGUUUAGUUUUACCAUCCUAUCAACACAGCGAUCUUUCAAAAAUGGAAAUACAUCGAGUGUGGAACAGUGCCUCCAAGGAGCUACCAGGGAAGACUUUAGAGUUUCAUUUUGAUAUUUCAGAGACUCCAGUUAUUGGGAGACGGUAUGAUGAGCUACAAAGUUCUUCUGGACGAGAUGGUAAACCCAGGGCAAUGGCUGUCACCCGAAGCACUUCUUCAACCUCAUCAGGAUCUAACUCCAAUGUCCUUGUCCCUGUGAGCUGGAAGAGACCCCAGUACUCUCAGAAAAGGACAAAGGAGAAGCUGGUGCAUGUCCUUUCUCUUUGUGGUCAGGAAGUCGGGCUGAGUAAAAACCCUUCAGUAAUUUUUUCUUCCUGUGGUGAUUUGGACCUGAUUGAGCACCAAACAAGCUUGGUGUCUUCAGAAGACGGAACAAGGGAGCAGGAGAACAUGGAUGAUUCAAACAGUGAACAACAAUUCAGAGUCUUUAGGGACUUUGAUUUCCUAGAUGUUGAGCUGGAAGACGGGGAGGAACUUCAGGGUGAGAGCAUGGACAACUUCAACUGGGGAGUACGCCGACGGUCCCUGGAUAGCUUGGACAAGUGUGACAUGCAGCUGCUGGAAGAGAGCCAGCUCUCGGGGAGCACGCCCAGCCUGAACAAAAUGAACCAGGAGGACUCGGAUGAGUCAUCGGAGGAGGAGGACCUGACCACCAGCCAAAUCUUGGAGAACUCAGACCUAAUUAUAACUCUUUCAGAGGAUGCAAAUCAUAUUGACUCACUUUCUACAUCAUGUGACACGACCUCAGCAGACCCUCAUCAUUUUAAUAUAGGAACGACCAGCUUUGAUGUGUCUUUGCCUGAUAUGAAUAAUCUCCAAGUGUCUGAAAGAUCGAAGGUUGAAGCUGUACAUGAAGAACACGAUACAGCAGUCCAUGAGGAUGACCUUUCAGGAUCUACAAAUGAACUCCCUGGAGCAUUUGAAUGCAGUGAUAGCCUUAGUCUGGAUAUGACAGAGACUGAAGAAAAAGUUGACAGGCUGGAACAAUUUGCUCUUGCUAGUUUUGGAGAUGUUGAUCGAAAUGCUUCUCCUCCUCCCUCACCAUUUUUUUCUGCCAUCCUUGCUGCAUUUCAGCCAGCAGCAUGUGAUGAUGCAGAAGAAGCCUGGCGUAGUCAUAUCAACCAGCUUAUGUGCGACUCUGAUGGUUCCUGUGCAGUUUAUACAUUUCAUGUGUUCUCUUCCCUGUUUAAGAAUAUUCAGAAAAGAUUCUGCUUUCUAACCUGCGAUGCAGCUAGUUACUUGGGAGACAACCUGCGAGGAAUAGGCUCCAAGUUUGUGAGGUCUUCUCAGAUGUUAACAUCAUGUUCAGAAUGUCCCACCCUUUUUGUAGAUGCAGAAACACUGCUUUCUUGUGGCCUUCUUGAAAAGCUGAAGUUCAGUGUUUUAGAACUGCAGGAGUAUCUGGACACAUACAACAACAGGAAAGAAGCAACGCUCUCGUGGCUUGCAAACUGCAAAGCAACAUUUGCUGGGGGCUCACGAGAUGGAGUUAUUACCUGCCAGCCAGGGGACUCAGAAGAGAAGCAAAUGGAAUCUCUGGCACAAUUGGAACUGUGUCAGCGAUUAUAUAAACUGCACUUCCAGCUGCUGUUGCUUUUUCAGUCCUACUGUAAACUUAUCGGACAAGUGCACGAAGUGAGUUCCAUGCCAGAGCUGUUAAAUAUGUCAAGAGAACUGAGUGAGUUGAAGAAAAAUCUUAAGGACGCUACCGCUGCAAUCGCAGCUGAGCCUCCGACGACAGAAUCUGAGCCCACGUUCAAUUCUACGGAAGCAGCUAUUCAGUCCAUGCUGGAGUGUUUGAAAAACAAUGAGCUUGUUAAAGCCGUCCGACAAAUAAGAGAAUGCAGGAUUUUGUGGCCCAAUGAUAUCUUUGGAAGUAGCUCUGACGAUGAAGUCCAGACACUACUGAACAUUUACUUCCGGCACCAAACCUUGGGUCAGACGGGCACCUAUGCACUGGUGGGCUCCAACCAGAGCCUGACGGAAAUCUGUACCAAAUUAAUGGAACUGAAUAUAGAGAUCCGCGACAUGAUUCGCAGAGCUCAGAGUUACCGGGUCAUCAAUACUUUUCUUCCAGACUCCAGCAUUUCUGGCACAAGUCUCUGACAGGACUCUUGGGUCCUCUUUCAAGCUGGGAGUGCUGCCCUCUUGGAGUGAGGUGGCUCAAUGUCUUCUCAGCCUUACAAAGGUUUGGUCAAACUGUACUCACUCUUGUUACAUUUAGGAUUUCUUCUAAAAAGAGAUGGGCUGAACUUCAAAUGUGUAGCAAUACUGUAAGGACAAAGGUAGCGUAGAGCAUCCGGGACAACCUCCUUUGUUCUCUGUUGCACAAAAAUCAGUUAGCAUUUCACUGAGCAACUGCAACUCACUACUGAAGAAGUGACUUCCAUUGCAUACCAAAGCCUACUACACUGAACAAUACUUCCUUUAUAGCAAAUUAAUUUUAGGUUGGCAAAAGUGCAAUGUUUCCUUCACGAAACGAUAUUUUUUUUGUUUAAAAAAAUCCUUGUACAUUUUUUCCUUUUUUCUCUUAUUUGGUUGAGUGAAAGAUGGGCAGAAUGAAGCUGGCCACAGAUUCUCGCAAACUUGUUGGUCAAAAGCUGAGAGCCUGUGUAUAUGAAACAAAUUGUAAAUGGACUACAGUUUAAUGUACACUGUAAUUUGAAUA